UUCUAUACUUUGUGUAGUCCACAACUCACUUGUGUUUUAACCUUUGUUAAAUUUAUAGUACAAUUUAUCAUCCCAGUUUUAUUAACAUAUUAACACAAAUUUUGCACAUACCCCAUUUUAACAGCGCGAAGUCGCAAAAUAAGAAGAUUCAGGUGAUUGAAGUGACCAAUACAAGAAGACAAAAUGACGUCGAUUGUGGAGAUGCCAAAGGCGAAUUUGGACGAGGCGGUUCCAAUAUGGAUGAAGAUAGACUGGUCGGACGAGGUGCUCCACGAUAUUUAUCGGGACUGGGGAACCUACUAUUCGCGUCGCCGUCGUGAGAACUUCGCGUUGCAUUAUUUAAACAAGGCACUCGCCCUGGAGCCCUUGGAUCACAUGACUUUGUACAAACGAUGCCAGAGCAAGAGGAAGGCUGCCCAGAUGCUAGGAGCUCUGGCCGACAGUCGGGAUGCCGCCAAGCUUGCUCUUAAGGUGGAUGGUGAGGAAAGGGCCAUUAUUAAUCUGGACAUUUGUGACGUGCUGUACGAGUUGAACCAGUUCGAAAACAGCAAGGCCGAAAUUCACAAUAAUAUGCGAGUUUUCAUUGGCAACAAAAGAAAGAGCUUCGUGCAGCGCCAGCUGGUGGUGGACGGAGUCAUAAAAGAUGUGACUGGUGAGGCGAUGUCGGCCUUCUUCACGAAGAAUCUAAAGACGGUCAACAUUGUGCACGACCUGAUCAAGGAGAAGGAAAGGAUCGACAAUCGACCCCUGUGGAAGGUUCUGAAGGAGCAGGGAAAGUGCGAUGUUCAGAGUAUUCCGGAGGUCCAGGAGGAGAUGCUGUCGCCGAUGGAGAUUGCACGCAGAAAGCGGGCCUUCAACAUCUACCACCAGUCGUACAUCAACGACUCCUGGAUCGACGUGCUCUUCAUGAAGAUGCUCUGCAAGAAUCCCAACCUUUUGCUGCCCCAGUGCAAGGAGUCGUCCUACUUCCUUUACAAUCUCUCCAGCAAACAAUACGAGAUCGUUCGCAAGUUUAUGAAAAUGCUGCAAUCCCGGUGUCCUCUCUACCUGGUCAAUUACCUGAAGUACGGCAAUAAGGCAAUGUCGGACAGAUACCGCGAGGCUUACCUCUUCCGCGUACAGUAUCAGACACAUCGAAACAUGAACCAGGCUCUGAAGCAGAUUCGCGUUCUUCGCAAGGCCAAGAAGGUGCAGCAAUUGGCCAAAUUCGUGGAGGAGCUGAUGGGCACCUAUGUGGUAUUAAAGACGGCUCGAGUGAUGUGCUGGAAGUUCGAGUUCCUUAACGAAGUGUACAACACAAUGGCUUUGACUCUGUCCGAGCAACUCCGAGUGCCAAAAGGCUUCACGUCCCAAGGAAGUAAUGCCAUACUUAGGCUGCUGCAUCUGCCAGUGGAAAGGGUGAAGGAUUUCGUAUCGCUGACAUUUGGAGAUCGACAGCCAGAGCCUGAGGGCAACGAUCCAGCAACCUUGAGAGCUAAGAAGCUAACUGCUCGCCUGGAACAUCGAAUGAUUUUUGCCAAGUAUUCAAUCGAAAAAUGCUAUUUGCUGCACCAGAUUUCCCAGUCGUAUUUGGACCAGGGACGUCAUUCCGAGUGUGCCUUCAAUGCUCGGAAAGCUAUUAAAGAAAGCAAGAACUGCAAUAGCAAUCUAUGGAAGUUCCUCAGCGUUGUGCAGAUAGUCAAGGCGAAUGCCAUCCUGCACAAGUUGGAACAGACUAGGGAGGCCCUGGAUGAUGCUCUACCCAUUGCCCAGAGCCUCAAGACUCAGGAGUUGAUAUUCUUUAUCGAGACCUGCAUGAUGUGCAACACCGAGGAUUCGAUCAACAAGCGGGCCACCCUAAUGCAGGCCCGAAGGGAGAGCAAGGCCGAAUCUGUGGCCACCCACUCCUUGGUUAGUGGUCAGGAUAAUGAAGAAUCCAACCCAUCUUAGUUUGUCGAUAUAAUAUUUAACAAUUCUUUUAUUUUCUUCACCAUUUUUUUGAGUAAACUUACACUUGCAAAUAAAUAUUUCACAAAUG